CCUGUCUUUACUUCUACCAUUUUCCCACUUCCAGCUUUGUAAUGGACUGUCUUCAGAAUCCAAACCCUAGCUCCGCCGGCCCUUAUCACUUUGGAGAGAGCAUCGAUCCUUCCAUGGAUUUUGAUGAGUUUUCAGACUAUUUCAUGCUUGAUUAUGGUGUUGAUGAUCAUCAAGAUUCUUCGUCUUUAAGCACCGUGUCGCCGGAGAAGUUCAUGGCUGACCGCUCUACUGGAUCCAGUGGUGGUGCAACAUCAAGAAAUAGCAACAAUAAUAUGAAAUGCAGAAAUGAGGGGAGGAAAAACAAGAUAGAAAUGGGUCAUAGGGUUGCUUUCAGAACUAAAUCGGAGCUGGAGGUUAUGGAUGAUGGAUUCAAGUGGAGGAAGUACGGAAAGAAGUCAGUCAAGAACAGCCCAAAUCCAAGAAAUUACUACAAAUGUUCAAGUGGAGGGUGCAAUGUAAAGAAGAGGGUGGAGAGGGACCGAGAAGACUCGAGCUAUGUGAUAACCACAUAUGAUGGAGUGCACAAUCAUGAGAGCCCUUGUGUGGUAUAUUACAAUCAGAUGCCUCCUCCUGUGGAUCCCAACAACAUUUGGACUUUGCGAGCUUCUUCACAGUCUUCGGCUUCCUCAUAGGUUGCUCCUUUAUUAAUUAAUUAUAUAUAUAUAUAUAUAGACACAUAUGUAAUCUCACCAAAAUGGGGCUCGAAAAUGAUUUAGAUCAUUGUACAUGAUUUAUAUGAUUGUUGUUGUUGAAGAGAAUGAGAUAUGCUGGCUGGAAGAGAAGUGGGAUACACUCAUGUUAUAAGACUAAAUGACAUGUGUAUUGUAAAAAAUUUAUGUCUUGUAUGAGUCUGAUCGGGCGAUUUAAUUGAUUCGGCCGAAUUGAUACUCACCCUUAUGUAUGAUAGGUGCAUGCAUAUAAAAACUCCUCGAGGACUUGGAGAGUA